AUGGCAUCAACCAUGAAAGAACUCCAUCAACAAUUACGAUCAGACCUGGAAUUUCUCGCAGAAAGGAUGGCAAAAUACGCAAACAAGAGACGAAUCGAGGGACCGAUUCUCGAGAAGGGGGACCCCGUCUACCUUUUGCGAAAAAAUAUUAAGACGAAGCGACCAAGCGCGAAGCUGGACUACACAAAACUCGGGCCAUUUAGGAUCAAAGAUAAGUUGGGAGACGUGACAUAUCGAUUGGAACUGCCGAAAGACAUGCGCAUCCACAACGUAUUCCACAAAGCACUUCUUGAACCGGCGCCAAAGAACGCCAAAUUAGUCAAGACACUACCGCUGGAUGAAGAACUGGCAUCAGAGGAAUAUGAUGUUGAGAAAAUCCUCAAAAGACGCGUCAUGCGCGGCACCCCCCAAUACCUAAUCAAAUGGUUAGGAUACGACGACUGUGAGAACAGUUGGGAACCAGAGGCCAACCUUUCGGAAGAACUCCUAAGGGAACUGAGGCAGGAUCACCCGGAGUGGUUUCGGCCAGCACUGCCUCCCAGUCGACUUGCUCGACGACCGGGGCUUCGGACCAGGCAAAGUUAG